CAGUCUGUACUCCUGUGAAAGGACAGCAGAGAUACAGCACGACACGUCAUACUAAUUGUAGGGAGUGCACAGCCUGAGCCUGUUGUGAAGCCUUUGCAGUCUGAGAAUAUGGGCGAGGAAGAGAAUUUCUAUGGAAAAUAUGGAGAACCAAAGAAAUUUGACGCAUCAUUCAAAGGACCAAUUGCAAACAGGAGCUGCACUGAUGUUAUUUGCUGCUUGCUAUUCGUCGUGGCCCUCGUUGGAUACUUCAUUGUGGGCUUAGUAGCAUGGACACAUGGAGAUCCUCGGAAAGUGAUCUAUGCGACCGACAGCCGUGGGGAGUUCUGUGGUCAAAUGGGAACCACAAAUAAGGAUAAGCCAUAUUUGUUUUAUUUCAACAUUCUCAAGUGUGCCAGCCCUCUGUUACUGCUGCAUUUACAGUGCCCAACAACACAGAUAUGCGUUAAAAAAUGCCCAGACCGAUUUGCAAGCUUCAUGACUGCACAACUGUUACGAAAGAAGGAACCAGAGAAAUGGAAGUAUUACCUCCAGUUCUGUAAACCAGGCUUUAAUGAUUCUGACAAAUCCGCUGUAGAAGUAUUACUGGAUCAAGACUGUCCUACCUUUAUAACUCCCAGCAAGCCGUUUUCUCAGAGGUGCUUCCCUGCCCUAGAAACCAAUAAGGGUGUGAUUAUGGUCGACAACAAAACCAAUUUUGAUCUCGAUGGAAGUCUUGUGAAUGCCACGCAGCUGCUGGAAGGAGCCAAGGGAGCAAAUGAAGUUCGUGAUGCCAGAGAGGUGGUAAUGAAGAUAUUUGAAGAUUACACCAAGUCUUGGUACUGGAUUUUGAUUGGUAUGGUCCUCUCACUAGUAUUGAGUCUAAUCUUCGUUCUGUUGAUGCGCUUCAUUGCCAAAGUCAUGGUGUGGCUAUCCAUCCUGCUGGUCAUUGCUGCCCUCGGCUAUGGAAUUUUUCACUGUUACAUGGAAUAUGCAAGUUUGAAAGGCGUUCAAGGCUCUGACAUCAAUAUCAAAGACCUGGGUUUCCAGACUGACCUGCGAGUGUACCUACACCUCCGGCAGACCUGGCUGGCAUUCAUGAUCGCCCAGAUCAUAGUUGAAGUUGUCAUCAUUCUCUUGUUAAUAUUCUUACGGAAACGAAUUGCUAUUGCAAUCGCCCUGAUCAAGGAAGCCAGCAGAGCCAUCGGAUACAUAAUGUCGUCUCUUUUAUAUCCACUCAUCACUUUCGUCCUGCUGUUAUUCUGCAUAGCUUACUGGGCCAUAACAGCUGUCUACCUGGCAACAUCCAACGAAGCUGUUUAUAAAGUCUUUGCUGAUGACAAAAUUUGCAACCACACGACGAAGACCUGCAACCCUAAAACUUUCAUUAAUUCUAUUGUGAAAAAAGGGUGCGCAGAAGCGCAAUGUUCAUUUGCAUUCUAUGGAGGCGAGUCCUAUUAUCAUCGGUACCUCAUAGUAUUUCAAUUCUACAACGUCUUCCUCUUUUUCUGGCUCGUCAAUUUUAUCAUUGCCCUGGGAGAAAUUGUCUUAGCGGGUGCAUUUGCCUCCUACUAUUGGGCCUUCAAUAAACCAGCAGACAUGCCAACGUUUCCUGUGAUGUCUUCAAUGGGACGAGCUCUCAGAUACCAUGUCGGCUCCUUGGCGUUUGGGUCUCUCAUCUUGGCCAUUGUCCAGACCAUCAGAGUUCUAUUGGAAUAUAUAGAUCAGAAAGUCAGAGCUGCGCAGAAUAAAGUUGCAAAAUUCAUAUUAUCCUGCAUGAAAUGUUGCUUCUGGUGUCUGGAGAAAUUCUUGAAGUUUUUGAACAGGAAUGCUUAUAUCAUGAUUGCAAUUUAUGGGAACAACUUCUGCACUUCGGCAAAGAAUGCAUUCUUCCUGCUGAUGAGAAAUAUCAUCCGAGUGGUGGUUCUGGACAAAGUCACGGAUUUCCUUCUGCUCCUUGGCAAGCUACUCAUUGUUGGAGCAGUGGGCAUCCUUGGAUUUUUCUUCUUCACUAAUCGAAUAUCGAUACUGGAGGACAACGCACCGACUCUGAAUUAUUACUGGCUUCCACUGAUGACUCUUAUGGUUGGCUCCUAUCUCGUUGCACAUGGGUUCUUCAGUGUCUAUGCUAUGUGUGUGGACACACUGUUCCUCUGUUUCUUGGAAGACCUUGAGAGGCACGAUGGAUCGCCUGAGAAACCAUAUUUCAUGUCCAAAGAACUCAUGGAACUCCUGCAGAAGAAAAAUAAAUGAUGACUGCUGAGUGCAGCUUGCAACUCUGGACAUACCUGUACUCAGAACAUGGAGCCUCAUUAGAUCUCCCAAAUCAUAAACUGUGCAUGGAGCUAAAUUGCCUGAACACAGAGUACAGUACAUCUGAACUCAAGGCUUGAUUUACCGUCACCAUUGGCAGAUGUCCUCUCUCUGAGAUCCUCACAUGUGUUACAGUGAUUUCACGCUGUGCCAAAACACGGGUUGUGGUUUGAGAUAAAGUUAGGUUAUUGUCCUCUGAAAGACAUUGUAUUUUUUUACCUAUAUUUGGGGGGGGAAAAGGAGAUGAUCAUUCACCUGUGAUUGUGCCAGGCAUGCCCCUGCUUCAAUUACCGUACAGUGACUGAAGAUAUAUUCAAAGGUAUUACUAACAUAUGGGUUAUGCAUGUCAGAUCUGAUGGCUUUAAAUUUCAAAACUGUAUUUUGAUCAGUUGUGGCACAUGUGUGCCGUAGCUUUGUAGCUGUACGUUGUAGCAUGUUGUGCUGUAGAGGACGAUGAAAUGUACUUAUUCAGGGUUGUUCAACACAGGGUUUCCAUCCCAGCUACCUGUAAGCAUAGACAGAGUAAACCUUCUUUUCAUUCAUCUUCACCUGUCCCGUCCCCCCCGUCCCCCCCCCAUCCCACCCAAAUAGUGUUGACAGCGUGGCAGGUUAUAGGGUACUGAGCACCCCCUACAAGACUAUUAAACUACUUUAAAUCGCUUUUAAGAUAUGUAUCUAAUUUUUUGCCCCUAAGGUUGGUGUAACUAAUGCAUAACUCAUGUGAGUGAUGAGAAGAAUAAAUUGAAUGUUAAACUUCCAAAUUCCGAAACAAAAGAAAAUGUUGUUAUUGUUCAAGUAAUGUAAAAGCCUGAAUUGUUGGUUCAGAAACAUCAAUUCGGAACUCACCAUAGCAGUUGGGAAUUUAAAUACAAUUAAUUAAAUAAUCCAGAGUUUAGUAUCUGAUAGUAACAUUUUAUCUAUGCUCCUCCUGAGAGUACAACAUUGUUGUAAGAAUCCACCAGGUUCAUUGCUUUAUGGAUAUAAAUCAGCUAACCUUGCACAGACAGGUUGUUGUGCCUCCUAAUGCUGUAAUAUUAAGAACUCCUCAAAAUAGCCUAGCAAACCCAGUUGUGGGAAAGAACAUGGGAUUACCUCCGCACACGGGCUAAGAUGGUUCACAAAGCUGACUCACCACGGCUUGCCAAGGGCAGUUAUGAAUGCACAAUAAAUGCUGGUCGAGCCAACAACAUUGGCAACUUGCAAAUUAAUCUUAAAUGUGUUUUGUCCAUCAGUACUGGAUACCUUCAAACUGCUUUCGUCUAUUAGGAAUGGUUUAAUCUUGUGCUUUACACACAUUGUCACAGGCACAUUUAUCAAACAAUAUGCUUGCCAUCCCGCUACUUGGUUUAAGAUUGAUGAGUACAGUCCUACAUCACAUGACGUCUGAGCCUGGGCAACAGUAUCCUGUUUUUAAAUGUUGAGGUUAGGAGUGAAGCAUUGACUUCUUUUAAAUGCCUAAUACUUUUGAGAGACUUGUUCAAUUCAAACAAUCCUCCCUCAAUUAGCCUUGUGCAGAAACAGCACCUUUAUUACAUUUAUGUUUUUAAAAGUUUGUUAUUUUAAGAGAUGACAUGUAUACUUUUUCUGUAUAAAUGGGACUGCUUUGUCCUGGUAACUGAUUUAUAUCUACAGAAAUAUCUACAUUUACUUGUCUGUACACAUGAAACGUGCUAUAUAGACAAUCUCUCAUUUGCAUGCCCACAUUAUCAACCAAUGAAUAAAACUAUACUCUUCCUUUUGUAAAAUA